AUGUGUGGCCGGUACGCCCUGGGCGUGCGCUUGGCGUACAUCCGGCAACGCAUACAAGAGCAAGGCAUGCAAGUGGACGAAGCACCAGAUGACGAUGAAGUCAGAGAGACAUAUAACUUCGCACCAGGAAAUAUUGGUGCUGUCUAUCGUGCCGAUAUCCCGGACCAAGGGCGCUCCCAUGUUGCCGCGCAUGAAGACCAAAAUAAAGACGUGGAGAAGUCCAAUGAUGAUCAUGAUGAGAUGCAUAAGCCUGCAGACAAGAAGGCAAUUCGAUAUAAGCUUCAAAGCAUGAAAUGGGGUCUCAUCCCAUUCUGGACCAAGCGGCAACCAGAUUAUGGAUCCAUGAUGCGCACGAUCAACUGCCGUGACGACUCACUGAUCGAAGACCGUGGGAUGUGGACAACUAUGAAGCGACGCAAAAGAUGCAUCGUCAUCUGCCAAGGGUUUUAUGAAUGGCUGAAGAAAGGCCCCGGAGGCAAGGAGAAGGUGCCGCACUUUGUCCGGCGCAAAGACGGGGAGCUGAUGUGUUUUGCGGGGCUUUGGGACUGUGUGUCCUAUGAAGGCUCGGAUCAGAAACUGUACACCUACACUGUUAUCACGACUUCGUCCAAUCCAUACCUGAAGUUCUUACAUGAGCGAAUGCCAGUUAUCCUCGAGCCGGGGAGCGAGGAAAUGAAGAAGUGGCUGGAUCCUAAUACAACGACUUGGUCGAGGGAUCUCCAGUCCAUGCUGAAACCAUACGAGGGUGAUUUGGAGUGCUAUCCUGUCCCCAAGGAGGUUGGUAAGGUGGGAAAUAACUCCCCGGACUUUAUCGUGCCAGUCAACAGCAAGGAGAACAAAAGUAACAUUGCGAACUUCUUUGACAAUGCUAAGAAGAAGGAAGAGAAGCCAACAGCUACAUCUAAGACAUCUGGGCCUGCUCCGAAGUUGGAACCUGUGUCUCCAGAAUCAAAGGCUGCUACAGAGGAGCGUCCUACCUUUGAUGAUGAGUGGAGCGAGGAUAAUGCUCCAAAGCCAUUGCCUGUUGCCAAGAGAGAGUAUAGUCCAGAGAGUCCGAGCAUAGCAGAGGAACACAAAAAACAAAAGAUUGACUUGAAGCCUGGAGCGCCAUUGCCACAGAAGAAAAAGUUACGAAGUGCUACCCAUAACAGCCCUACGAAGAGAUCCAGUGGGAUCAAGACAAAGGAUGGCUCGCAGAGGAUUACCAAUUUCUUUAAGAAGUAA